UGGUCAGUCUGUCAUGGAAAGAGCAGGUGUUCCUAAUGUUUUUACACUCUAUAUUGGGCAAUUUAGCCAUUAGGAUUUGUUAUCUGCAAUAGUUGUAGCAAAUUAAGCAUUGUUGCUCACUGUUGGCAUAGAUAAGUACACACAUUACUUUCCCAUUCGAGUACUCAAAGAAAAAUAAAGUAUGCGAGUACAUGAACACUCCAAAAUGUUCAAAUGCCCAUCCCUAAUUCUCUGCAACCUUUGUAGAGAGCAUAUGGUAAUUUCUCAUUCAAAUCUCCUUUUCACACAAUGCUUAUUGUGAAGCAUUAUCACUGAGAUGACCUUGACUUCUUCUCCCGUGUGCCGCACCAGGUUUGUUUUUGUAAUGCGUUGAUAAUUAUACUCGUAUUGAGCAGCUCGAAACUGAUCUCCCCGCUCUCAGGCCCACUUACCUCCGGCUCUCUUUGACUGUUAGUCAGUGUUGGUGUGAGCUACUGUACACUACAAUGGCCUGGCCCUUAUUUUCCCAGCCAUAACAAAGAGCCCGGACAGGGGCCUGCCUGCUUGUCCCAACACAGUAGCCAUAGUGGCUGGGAUCAAAAGGCUCAGAGGGGGUGGGACAGGGAAGGGGGUUACUACCGUUGUUUUUACAGCCCUUCCUUUUUUUCUCUCUCUCUCUCUGCGAAAUAAUUAUUAACGUACAGUAGCCUGGUUGUGACCGUUUUUCACCAGUAGUCCAAAAGGUGAAGGACAUCAGGUUAUCCACUUCACCAUGCCACUUUGUCGUCUGUUCUUAUCUUCUUGGGAAUCUCCGUGUUCAGUUUUCUAGAGCUUACGCAAGUAGCUUUAAAAGCGUCCCUUUCUUGUGUAUACUAGUGUUUCAUUAUUGUAGAGGUUAGUUGAGCCUGAACUCUGCAAUGGUAUACAGACCAUCUACCUCUGAAACUGACCUCCUGCCUCCUCAAUUUUCUGCCACUUGUUACACUGUCUGCCAGUGAAGGAUGAUCCCAACUAACUGAAAUGCCUGGCAACUGUAACUAAGGGGCAGGCAUGGCUGGGCUUGGUCAUUGGUCGGAGCAACGGACUGGGGGCAGAGAGUCAGUGGGAAAGCCAUAUUGGGGGAGGGAGCUAGUUAAUAGAAAAUGGACUGAUAGAUUAGCCUAGUGAUUUCAGAUUAGGAAACUAUCCAAAUGUAGCUCUAAAAACAAGAGGAGAGACAUUAGAGGAGCGAAAGAGAGUAUUGUGGCUGGGUUGAGAAAGGACCUCAGGUGCAGCCCGAAUGGGAGGGGUAGAGAGAGAGAGAGAGAGAGAGAGGGUGUAUCAGAGGGAGGGGUAGAGCGCGGUUCAGAGGGAACGGGAGAGAGUGAGAGUGAGCAUGUGUGUGCAUGCAGGGUAAAGAGAGUGAGCGGGAGAACGAGAACGAGAGCGAAGGGAAAAGGAACUGUAAGCCAGUCACAGCAUCUCUUUCCCACUGCACCAGUUGGUGAGGGACAGCUCCUCUCUUCAAAAGGUUCCUAUUUAUUUAUUUUGUACUUCACUCCAGGACUGCUUUGCUGAAUGAAAUUUUAUUUCUGCCUCUUCGGUUAUUCGUUUGGCGAAAGCUUAGUUCGGCUGGGGGAAUGGAAAUAAGAGGAGACGCACACAGAGGACAGCUUUGAAACUGGAACUCUCUGUACUGCUGGAGUCAUUUCUCUUUUGCUGUGGCUUGGUUUUUGUAACAAGGAGCAGACGUACUGAGUGGAAGAAAGAGUCAAAAGUCCAGACAGCCGUGCCUCCCCUGAAAAAAAAACAAAAAAACGUAUUUGAAUGGAAUGGCCAUGUAUAGGUAAUAAUAUCAAUAAUGGAAACAAGCGCUUAAGAGGCGAGGCUGACGUAAAGAGCUUUCACCCUAGGCUGUAAACAAGCGGAAUGCAGAUUGAUCCCACAUCCAUCGCAGCCGGCGCCCUGAACAGAAUUUCUAAGGAGACACAGUCCGAGGAGCUCUGAGACACCCAGAUGGCUUCUACCGGCUCCAGUAUCUAAUUAUCCGAUUGUGUGAGACUCCUGACAACUCCUACAUUCUUUGCCUGAAAGAUCCUCUUUAAAACCAGCUUUUGCCUCUCAUAACCUGGAGGACGAAAGUUUCAGAAAAGUGCGUGGAUUGGGAUUCCAGAGACCAAAGACAGAUUUGUGGCUACACACAUAACAGGAUCCAGAUUAUUCUGCGUCUCCUUUGGCUUCUCUCAGAUUGGGGAACAUUGUAAACAUAAUUCCCCCAGCGCUCUGUGGAACGAGAGCUGUGACAUUAACCACCGCAGAGAGCCCUGUGUUUGUCUAGCGUGUCUGUGUUUUGAUUCGGACAAUAGCAGGGCAUACAUGGGGUCCAGACACUAACCACAGGACCACUCAAUACCCCAAAAUAAGAGGAUGUGCAUACUACAAGACUGAGAAACAAUUGCUGCUUGUCUAACAGCAUUUUGGAACUUUAGAGAGGACUUAAGGUAUGAACCAAACACAAUGGCUAACGUGGAUGUAAUUACUCGUAUGAAUUUGGGGUUUUCCCAGCGGCUCUUUCUCUGUGACAGUAAACAAGCUAUCUGAAAGUCAAAAUUAUACCGAUACGCUAAAUGUUUUAAUACUAUUUUCUCUUAUCUAUAGUCUCAAAAUAGGAGUCACAUGCUUCCUGUCUUAUUUAAUCUGCAGUAGGAUCUGCACCAGAGCGCCCUGCCUGCCUGCCUCAUGUUUCUCCCCCACAUGCCGACUACCCUGCACCUCCUGUGCUUUUUGCCCUUGUGAGGACAACACCUGCUCUCCGCCCCCAGUCUCCCAGUGGCAGCCCUCUUAUGAAUCAGGAGAUGUGGCCGCAGACUAUCAGGGAGAGCAAUGGGGAUCCCUGCCGCCGGGAUAAAUGCCUGGCAUAGCACCGGCAGACCUUUUUCUGUUUUUGGAGGGAAUAUCUUUUUUCUUUCGACAAUUACCCCACUGCCUCUAAGCAUGACUGAUCGAAAAAGUAGAGCCGAGUCGGCAGUCCUGCUUUCCUAUGGGCUGUAUUGAUUUUCGUCAGUCAGUGUUCAUUUGAUUGAGACCCAGCUAUGUGAGAGCCGAGGUGAAAGAGCGAGCGAGAGAGGCUAGAACUCCCAUUUGCUGAGGGAGGCUACAGGCAGACAGGUCUCCAGUUACAGUCCAUCUGCAUCGCGGUUGGCACAGCACAAACCUGACCCACCUGGACUGCGCCCAGAACAAUGAACCAGUCAGCAUUGACGACAGACCUGGUGCCCACUGCCAACAGCAGCCUUGUGGGCCCAGACCCCAACCACUCCUGUCCCCUAGGCUGGGGCCAGAAUGAGGGCCUGGAGGCCUGUGUCUUGGAGACUGCGGUCAUCGUUCUGCUCACGGUGCUCAUCAUUGCCGGGAACCUGACGGUGAUCUUCGUGUUCCACUGCGCCCCCCUGCUGCACCACUAUACCACCAGCUACUUCAUCCAGACUAUGGCCUAUGCCGACCUGCUGGUGGGCCUCAGCUGCCUGGUGCCCACCCUGUCCCUGCUGCACUACCCGGCCAGCGUCCAGGAGCCCAUCACCUGCCAGGUCUUCAGCUACGUCAUCUCGGUGCUCAAGAGCGUCUCAAUGGCCUGUCUGGCCUGCAUCAGCGUGGAUCGCUACCUGGCCAUCACCAAACCCCUGUCCUACAACCAGCUGGUGACGCCGUGCCGGCUCCGCGGUUGCAUCGCCCUCAUCUGGGUCUACUCCAGCCUGGUCUUUCUGCCCUCUUUCUUUGGCUGGGGUAAGCCGGGUUACCACGGGGACAUCUUUGAGUGGUGCGCCCACUCCUGGCCCACCUCGGCGCUCUUCACAGGCUUUGUGGUAUGCCUACUGUACGCGCCUGCGGCCCUGGUAGUCUGCUUCACCUACUUCCACAUCUUCCGCAUCUGCCAGCAGCACAACCGGGAGAUCAGUGAGAGGCGGGCACGCUUCCCCAGCCAGGAGAUGGAGGCCGGGGAGGGUGGUGGCAGUGGCAGCGGCGGGGGGCAUCACGCAGGUCAAGGGCCUGACAGGCGCUACGCCAUGGUGCUAUUCCGCAUCACCAGCGUCUUCUACCUGCUUUGGCUGCCCUACAUAAUCUAUUUCCUGUUGGAGAGCUCCCACGUGCUGGACAGUCCCGCCCUGUCCUUUGUAACAACCUGGUUGGCCAUCAGCAACAGCUUCUGCAACUGCGUCAUCUACAGCCUGUCCAACAGUGUGUUCCGCCUGGGCAUGCGCCGCCUCUCGCAGACACUCUGCUCCUUCAGCCACUGUGCAGCCGACGACAGGGACUUUGGAGAACCCAAACCCAGGAAGAGGCCAAAGUCCUGCUCCAUCUGAGGCGUUGGAGGCUAUUGUUAGAAAAGCCACGAAUUUCAAAGGUUACAUCUUUACAAAGCUGCUGAACAUUUAUUUGACAGGGCUGUCCCAAAGAGAGAGGAUUUAGGCUCUGAAGGUUUGUUUUGAAGGAUACCAAUGACUUUGCCACAGUCAUGCCAAGCCAUGAUUUACAGGCAAACAUUAGAUUGCUGAGAGAGGCUACGUUGUUUUAAAGGUUUACUUUCUGAACAACUAAAUGGAUGAGAGAUUGGUACUACAUUUUGGCUUUAAACCUGUGUAGUGGAGUUUAGCUGGUAACCUAGUGUAUGUGCAUCCUUAUGUAAAACCUAAUUUGACCAUGGUUCUCAGGCUUUGAUGUUACAUUUUUUUGUUUCUCGACAGUCGGGUAAAUAAAAUGCUUGUAAAAAUACAAAGUUACAGGUCCUCAAAAUGGAUAAACACUUUCCUCAAACAUUGAUGGUGACCUCAUGAUUUAAGCAUCUCUGAUUUCAAGGUAAUGUGGACUAAAGUGUAUUGAAUUUAAAUACCAAUAUUGGACUGCUACUAUAGGUCUGUGUUCUUGGUGGGCACUCAAAGGCUGACUUAGCAUAGACAACAUCAACAUGUAAUCCUCAUCAGGAGUUGACAUGGGGUAUGUGUGUGCAAAUGGCUGACUAUUCACUUACUGUACAUGCUCCUUGACAAUGGUGUAAAUAACAGCAGAUGGCUAGUGGCCUUGACCUGUUAUGACAAACAAAAGUUUUGCGGCGUUUGCAGAACGUUUGUUAGCAAGCAGUCUGAGUGUUCAAAGACUUUCGGUCAGUCCUAAACAGAGAGAUGGGGUACUCAAUUUGACGAGUUACUCAAUCUCCUAAAAAAAAAAAAAACACACCCACUGAUGGUUUAGUUUUAUUAGAUAUUUCUAUAUUUUCAUGUGUACUAUUUCUUAAAGAAAAAAAUCUUUGUCAAUGCUUCCUAUACAGUAGCUGUUUAGGAAGCAGAAUGAGGGAUUGGUUCUGUAGUGCAUACAUCUUUAUCUUUGGUUGAGUUCAGAAAAAUCUGCUUCACUUUACUUAAGGAUCACCGUCAUAUGUAUGACUCUUCCUCUGCUUUUCCACGCUAAGUGCAGAGACUGUUCCCUUUUUAGGGCCUUAUUGUACAAAAUACAGUGGGCAUGUGCAGUAAAUGCACCAUAAAGACUGCCUUUAGUUAUGUAUUAUACUGUUUGAUACAGCGCAGGUGAAGUCAUUCCAAGUUUUUCUUGUACAUUCCCAGAAUGGUCCGUUUUUUUAUAGAUAAUGAUGAAAAAUACAUAAAGUGCACAUUUUCAGUGAUACCCAAGACUAUUGUGAAAUCCCGCUCUAUUCUUAUGGUGUAGGCCAUUUGAAGUUAGACCUGUGUUCCUAUAGUCAGUGUAUAGUUGACCGUGUGGAAAAACAAGCAACACAGCUAACUGAACCCUCGAUAUCAUGACUGUUUUUGUUCAACAUUAUGCUACUUAACCUGUGUAGUCAUUCCCCGCUUUCCAUUACAGAUUGUUCUGUAUAUGUGCCUAAAGAUAUCUUUUCCAAAAAAUAUAUCACAGAGAUUUACUUUCUGUUCAUCUAUACAGUUACAAGGACACUGACACAGUCCUGGCUGCAUGCCAUUGCGUUUUGUAACGUGACCUUCAUUUGACUUGACUUAAGAUCCAUCAUGCUUACAUUUGCCGAUACAGUAGGACCAUCUUGUUUCAGCAACUUUCAUGAGCUUAUGAUGAGGUCAGAAGCUUUUCUAUUUGUAGCGUGAUUCAUUAUCAUUUUAGGGGGCAUAUAUAUAUAUAUAAUCAUAGGGGUUCUGAAUUCUGCCACAAAAGACUUAAAAAAUGUACCCUCCCCAAUGGUUGCUUGAUGUCUAUGAGAUGUCAUCUUCACAUUACUGUAUUUGAUUUCUUUUAUCUUGUGUGAGGUGCAUUUUAUUUUCUUAUCAAAUGGACCAUAUACAGUGGGGUCUGAAAUUAUUGCCACCCUUGAUAAAGAUGUGCAAAAAUGACUAUAAAAUGAAUCAUUCAAAUUCUGAGCUAAAUUGGAUGCUCAACAAAAAUGGGGAAAAUAUAUUAUUUUAUAAGACUAAGAUGUCCAUUACAAAAUGUUGAUUUAGUGGCAAAUUAUUUAUUUUGGGGGAUUUUGAUGUGUGCUUGGGGUUAUUGUGUUGCUGGAAGAUCCACUUGCAGCCAAGUUCCAGCCUCCUGGCAGAGGCAACUAGGUUUUUUGCCAAAAUGUCCUGGUGCCGGGUAAAGUUCAUGAUGAUGUUGACCUUAACAAGGGCCCCAGGACCAGUGAAAGCAAAAUAGACCCAUAACAUCAAAGAUCCACCACCAUAUUUUACAGUAGGUAGUAUUGAGCGAUUUAGUGCUUUUUGAGGUCGGUUUUGAUUAUUUAAAAAAGUCAUCAGUUUUCAAAUAUUUUUUUCUAGACAAAUGCGCUAUGCAUUGUGGGUUAAAUGCUGUAACAAAACAGAAUAAAACAAAAGUCUCAUGAUGGUAGUGACUGCCCGUUACUGCUUAUCACUUAUUAACCAUUUAUUUAAAUUACUUUAAUAAAAUAUUUCAGUUGUUGUGUAUAUUACAUUUGUUUUAUUUGUUGACUUUAUUAUUUCAUUCCAAGUCAUCAUCUCAUCUCUAUAGAGCUGCUGCCUGACAAAUCACUAUUUUAGUAAUAAUUCAAAUUAAACAAGGCAUACUUUUUAUGACUGCUGAAUACCAACUAUCAAUCACUUAGAUCAUGUAUUUUCAGGUAGAGAUACAUACAUCUUUCGCUCUUGAUCGCACGUUCUGUGUUCACCCCAUCUCCGUGUCUGCUCCACAUAGACCAGACAAGUAGGCACGCACAAAAUUGAUUAUGGUCAUUGUAGUUAAUUACCACAUUUAAACUAUGUAGAAUAUUUGCCUGUUGGAAACUACAAAUCCCUACUACAUCGUAGAUUUCGGUCUUAAUCUGAUUUACCUCUAAAGCAAUUGUGCAUUGCGCUCACAGACAAAAACGGAACAAAAUGGAAUUCAAAUAAUUGAACCGACGUUGGUCAAUUAGUUGUUUUAAUAAACGAAAAAGAAUCAACAUUUUGGUUAAUCGCGCAGCACUAACAUUAGUUAUUCGGUUAUUUUCUGCUUAUGCAUUCUCAUUUUGACACCAAACCCACCUCUGGUGUGCGAGGUCAAAGAGCUAUAUUUUCAUCUGACCAAAGCACUGGUUCCAAUCCAACUGCCAAUGCCAUUUAGCAAACUCCAGGCGUUUUACAUUUGUUGGAUGACAUGAAAAUAGAGUUCUUUGGCCACGCACACCAGUGGUGGGUUUGGCAUCUGCAUAAGCAGAAAAUAACCCCAUACCUACUGUAAAAUAUGGGGGUGGAUCUUUGAUGUUAUGGGGCUAUUUUGCUUCCAGUGGUCCUGGGGCCCUUGUUAAGGUCAACGACGGGAGCCAGAAAUUUGACCGCAAAUGGAUCUUCCAGCAAGACAAUAACCACAGGCACACAUCAAAAUCCACAAAGAAAUGUUUGAUUUGCCUCAAAAUCAACAUUUUGCAAUGGCCAUCUGCAAUGGCCACUUUUUUUGUUUGAAUUGAAGAUGGCAGUCCAUAAGUGCAGGCAAAGGAUAUCAAGGAUCUGGAAAGAUGGUGUGUGGAGGAAUGGGCUAAGAACCCCAUCUAAUUUCCCCAUUAACAAAAAAAAUUAUAUGUACAGUAGCUCAGUCAUUUUUGCUCUUUAUUAAGGGUGUCAAGCAUUUCGCACCCCACUGUAUGAACACACUGAUACAGUAUGAAUACAACUGCUUUAUCAAAACGUAAUCAACAACCCCCCCAUUAUUAGAUAUUUUAAUCACUUAACCCAUAAGAGUUUGAGCCCUGUGUCUGAACCAUGGGAGGGGGUUCUACUAAGCUAUAUGGAAUUGCUUUAAGGUCAUACCAAGGAUAAUUUUGUUAUUUGAUUUUGAAUUGUAAGACCCCUUGAAGUAGCAAAACAAAUAUUUACAAAUGAUUUGAUGAAAAUGUGUACUUGGCCUCACUGCAAACGCAUUGAAUAAUAGAUUACAUGGACAUAACGACUACAUGGAACGACAGAUACUCCCCCAAGAAAAGUUUGUUCUGAAGUGUCUGUCCUAUAUCUGAGAUAGAAAUCACAUAUAUAUAUAUAUAUGUGAUUUCUAUUUUUUUUUUACCUGUAUUUAACUAGGCAAGUCAGUUAAUAACAAAUUCUUAUUUACAUUGACAGCCUAGGAACAGUGGGUUAACUGCCUUGUUCAGGGGCAGAACGACAGAUUUUUACCUUGUCAGCUCGAGGAUUCGAUCUAGCAACCUUUUGGUUACUGGUCCAACGCUCUAACCACUAGGCUACCUGCCACCCCAAAAGAUUUAAGAAAUAUCAGGAAAUGUAUUUAACCCCUUAUUUCUGUCACUAAACAGUCUCCAUAUAUACUUCCAUAAAAAAAAAAAUCAACAUUACCGGGUGACUUUCAGACAAGUCUUGUGAGGCCUAGAGCAAAACCGACAUGUAAGUGUUCGUGAGAGUCUCACCUUUCCACAGUUGUAGCCCAAACUGUUCGGAUGCUACAGACAGAAGAUGGCAGAUUGGCUGUACCGACUUCAGACGAGUCCCAAAAUGCUUGUGGGGGUCGUCAACGGAGAACACCAUCGUAUUCAUGAGACUCUUAUUUCCAUAGAGGGGUCAUAAUAGUUGUUAGGCCAAACCGUUUUGUGAGAAGAAUGAUUUUUGGGAUAUCUCAUGGUCUGACAAACACCGCUGUUGCUCUGUCACCUUAUGGGGAUUUUUGUAUUAUACUAAUUAGAUUUAGGUGGGGGUGCGGAUUUAAGGGGUUAAGAAAUCUACCGUCAUAGAGCUGGGACGAUAAACAGAAAAUCACUUGCAUUGCCUUCCUCUUACCGAAGCAAUUUGCUUACGUUGGUAAUUUUCGGUGAUUUUUGCUACACAACGUUCCUGUAGAUUGUUCUAGAACCAUUAUUUUUUCAACAGUAAUAGCCUAUGCAUAAUGUUGAUUCCUGCAAUGAAAGUACAGUAUCUAGUUAUCCCGGUUUUGCUGUCGGCCGCUCUCGUUCCCUCUUCCCGCUGUGUGCACGGAGGAGGCAGAGGUGCAUUCUGAGAAGCACAAUCAUUAUGACCGUUGCUCAAAGUGUUGUUCUAGUUACCGAGAGGAGAGUUGCAGCUUUCUGUGAGUGUAUAUAAUGUAUUUCUCACCUCCUAAUAUCGAGUUCACGGCACCACUUUACAACCGGAGUGGGGUGUAGUCAGUAUGAUUUGGACGCACCCGCGUAGCAGAGCAUGCCAUUUACAGUGAAUAGGCCUACAUCAAUUAGCCUACGCCUAGCAUUGGAAAGUUUGGGUAGGACAUUAGCCUACAUUUACUGAUAGCCAUGUAGGCUAAUUGAUUCAUCUAUCUAGCAACAAUAUCAUAUUUAGAGUUAGCAAUCUAGCUAAGUCUUUUGAGUUCCCCCUUCCUCAGGUGGCCAAUAUGCACAAAGAUGCUGGGAAAAUCCUCUGAAAAGCAAAAAAAAAAUUAAAAAUCUCAUUGUGGUUCCUAUUUUGACAGGUUGAACAUCAAAAUAUCAAUCAUGCAAGUCAUGGAUAUGUUAGAUGACAUAUCGUACCUUUUUAAUCAUAGGCUAUCAUCUCAGUUAUCUUACCUGGCCCGCUGCUAAUGUAAAGUAACUGGCCAUUGGAAAAAAAUUAUAUAUCGUUGUAUUUGUUAUUGAGCAAAAUAGUUACAUUUAUCACAAUAUUACUUUUCGUCCAUAUCGCCCAGCUGUAGUACCUCCCCUAAAAAUAAUUUUGUGUAAUUUAUCGCAGAUUUUAUUAUUAUUGCAAAAAAAAUGUAUAUAUUUAUUGUGAUCAUGGAUGUUUUUCCAUAUCGCCCAGCUCUACAUCAUGCCAUUUUAAGGAAUUAACACCCAAAUUGUUAUUUUAGUUGACUUAGAUUCUCUCUAGAAUUACCCCCAGAUGACUUUGUCUUCACACUAAAGCAAAUCACUUGUGGUCAAGAGAAUACAACAAACAUUGUGAGAUCUUUUGUGAUAUAUGGUAAAUCAAUAUUGUUGACAAGCUAAAUUCUAUCUAGGUAUUGCUUUACAGUAAAUCUUGUACUGAUGGUUUCAUGAUAAUUAAUUGAUUCCACACCACAGUAACACUAGUGGAAUGUAGUUUCAUUCUAACAAGCAAGUUAUUGUACUUAUUGAUAAUGUACCACUUUAACUCGACUUUUUGUAUUUAGAAAACAGUUUGUGGUUACUGUUAUACAAUUAUAUUGACACUGCAAAUGCUGUUUCCCAAUUAAUUUAGUUUUCAUGAAGUAAGUGUUACCCAAUUAAUUCAGUUUCUUCUCUGCCAGUAGUUUUUUAUACCUAUGAGCCACUGAAUAGGCUAUUCACCUUUCCAUGUGUAUUGUAAUGACCAAACUAGUUUUGAAUUUCUUUCUGAUGUGAAGGAAAUACAAAAAAACGGUCAAAAACAACUGAUUUAAAGUGCAUUCAUUAGGGUGUUGUAUCUUAAAUAUUUGAUUAAUACAGUACAAAGUCUAUUUAUUUUAUUAUUUCAAAAUGGAUACACUACUUGUUAAAUAGGAGUAUGUAUAGUGUGUCUGUCGGUUUUACCCUGCUGUACAUGUGUGUUCAGGCAACAAAAAAAACCACUAAACAAAUCUUAUGACAAAAUCUCGACCAGUGAUGACUCAUACCUUUGUGUUAAUUCAACUAGGCUGCUGUAGCUAUAUGAAGUAAGAUGUUUUUGAUUAGAAGACAAAUCAAGAAAUUACACAGUAUCUAUUUUUUUAUUUCUGAGAUUUUGUCAAAGGCUGUGGUUUUGCUGUUGAUGCCAAUCCAAUAAAACUGAAAAAUAAUGGGAUAAAUAAAAUCCAGAAAUGUUGCCUCUUUGAA